AUGGAGAUAAUGAAAAAAGUAGAAUUAGAAUUAGGAAAUGAAGAGUAAGAAUAAUUUCAUAAAGAUCCUUUUCUUUGGGAAUCAGAUGAAAUAUCUUAAUUUUUGGUUCAUAAAAAAGAGAGAAAAGCUCAUAAAAAUACACAUUCAUUUAUUCAAAUAAUGAAUAGAAGUAAAUUAUCAAAAUUUAAGAGCAUAUAUGCUUAUUAUUGA